UAUUAUGAAUUACAAUUUAUUAAAUCUUCUUAUAUCUUAUAUGUUUCGAUAACAAUGGAUGCGAAAAACACUGAAGAUGCUAUAGUCGACAUCAAAGCUUUAAAACUCCUUGAUUAUCAAUUAAAAUUGCUGGCAAAAUUAAAACCGCCUUCAAUUCUGGAACAAGACAAUGAAAUAAUGUCAUCAGUCACUCAGAUAUUAGACAAAGUAAUGAAAAAUAUUCAAAUGGUGGCAGAUUAUGUUUGUGAAAUAACAACAAAAAUAGAUGAUGUCAGGGAUAUCAGUAAAGAAUAUGAUGUUGAGAUAGCUGAGAACUUACAACAGAUCAUCAAGGAACAUAUGCUUACAGAAUCUGACUGCUUGAAAAGAGAUUUGUCAACAGUUGAAGAAAACUCAAGAAUAACCAUUGCCAAAAAGAAACUUACGCAAUUUAGAAAUAAGCAAUUACUUGGAAGACAAGACCAUGAACUAAAAGAAUUAAUUGCUAAGACCGAGGAGAUUUUAUUGAGAUCAGAAACAGAAGUUGACUAUUGUAAAGAAGAUAUUGCUAAUUUGGAAGAACAUUUGGUGUCAUGGACGAACACAUUAGAACAGAUAGAAGUUAAAAAAUUAAGACUGAUGGACAAUGAAAAUUCGAAUAAUAAUAAUGAUAUAAAUAAAUCAAAUGGCACUGAAAAUGGGAUGGUAGAAAAUGUCAAUGGGUUACAUGAUACAGAGGAUUUUGACAGACAGCACCCAAAUUGGCAAGCGUGGCCUCUAUUUGUAUAUGACAUUAAAGGAACGAGUCGUUUCAAUCAACGAAUAUGUUGUGUAAUUCUAGCUACUCCCGGAAGUUUGAAUAGAAGUGAUAUAUCAUGUGAAGCAGCAGAUUCCUACCAUCUUUUAGACAACUGUUUGGAAUUUAUUGAUGAGCAGGCAAUAUCAGGCUUGGUCACUAUUAAAGCAUACGAAGAAAAAUCAAUUAAGUUUGAGGUUCCAAUCCUUGUGUAUAUACCGGUAGUAUCUCAUAAUUCAUCUUUGAUACCAACCAUAAAGUAUUACAAAGGUGACUGCUGGGCAGAAGGUCUUGCAGCGCCACCAAUUAAAAUACCAGAUGUCGCUAAUGUGACAUUUGUCGGUGCUUCUAUUCCUGUCAGAGACCUUGUUUGUCUACAGUGUAUAGCAGUUGCAAGAUAUAGACGUCAUGAAGUAGAUGUUGAUGAAACAGGACUAACAUAUGAAUUGCACGACGACCGGAAUAUAAAGAUAUCUAUUCCACCGAUGACAUUUCCUAAUACAAGUAAAGUGUUAUCUAAGGUUGUAUCUUGGAACAAAGUUGGCGUCGAAAUAGAUUCACAACCAAAUAGCAACUUGAAAUAUAUCAAAGCUAUCGGAUCCUAUCUUGAAGUAGUUAGUGAAACAGUCACGAAAUCCGACAUUGAGGUGAUACUAUAUAAUAUUGGAUGGUUUCUGGAAAAAGAAGGCGUGACCAGACUUACAACAAAUCAAGAAACAUUACAUAGAUGCAGUAGGUGGAUAAUAAACAAUAUGAAACAUAUAAUGGCCGACAAUAUUCAAACAACAUGUGAAGAUGCACCCAAAGAUCACCAGGUAUUACGAACCAUGGGAGACAAGAAUAGAUUGGUUUUACAUAACUUGAUCAAUUGUGAUGAUACUGAUUUCGACAGUUUUAUUCAACACCUUGAAAAAACUAAGCAGCAAAACAUAAUUGAAGUUUUAAAUAGAGUAAAGACAGACAUUGUCUUAGCAAAAUCACAUUUCCCAGCACAAGAGAUAAAUUUUAGUCAAGAUCAUCAGUUUUAUAAUGGUAAGCUGUACAUCAUUAUGAAAUCGGACGACAAAGAAUGGAAAUCUAUACUUCACGAGCAAAAGCCAAUGAAUCCUAAGUCUCGUGUGAUAACAUUAGAGAAAGGACAUUGUGUAUAUAAAAUAAUUAGCUUCACCUCAUCUGAAGAGUUAACAAGUAAGGAGUUGGAAAAUGCUGCUAAUGUUCUUGAUGAGCUUACAUAUUUUACAAAAGUAAAAAUUAUUUGUCGUCAAAAUGAGGAGGAUCUUCAUGAUGUGAUAAUUCACUGUACAACAUCAUGCGAGGCAGAAAAAAGACUUGCCGAGUUAGACGAGAGAGGGUAUACACAAGGGCCAUCAGCAAGUGAGGAGUUUGGGUUGAUUGACGGAGAAGAAAUCGAAAUUCAUUUUGAGCACAAUAUACAAAUGACAAAGUAUAAACUUUUUCCUCUGAAGAUAAAAUAUUUUGCAAAUAUAGAACCAAUGAAAUUUUCUGGUCGAAUUGACAUAGUUGAUAUAAACGACCAGCGUGGUGAUGCAACGCAUCACGGACAACUAGUAUAUAAAGUAACAACUGGAAGAUUUGAUAAAGAAAGGAAAGGAACCAUGCACAUACAUUUUCCAAAGGAACUGGAAGAAAAUAUUGAAGACUUUGUGCAUACAGGUGUUGAUCCAGUCAAACUUUUGGCAAAGCAUAUCGCCUGGCAACAGACGUAUGACAAUGCCUAUUCGACAAGAUGGGUGACAUAUGCAGGAAACCUAGUACAACAAGAAAUGCCAACAUAUAGACAAAUUAUCAGAGAUAUAGACGAAUACGAAUCAAGUGAUUCAGAAAGGGACAGAUGUGAAGCAUUUAUAUUACGAUGGUCUUCACAUUAUUCCGAUCCUAACACAAAUAAGAUUGAGAAAAUGCUGGAGGCACAGUCUGAAGAAGAGACACGACAGAAGGCUAACCAAUUCAUUAUGUCAUAUCUACCCCCUUUUGGUUAUUUCACAAACGAAAGGAUAGAACAGAUAGCAUAUAUCAUUGCCCGAGAUUGGAAAAUCAUUGCAGAAAAACUUAACUUCAGUAACUAUGAUAUAAGUCGAAUCAUUUCGUCAGAUGAUGGUCUCGUUCGACAAGCCAUGAGAAUGUUAGAGAUGUGGAGAAUUUUUGAUGCAGUUGUCAUGACAACAGAAAGUCCGUUUAAAAAGUUGUGUGAUAUCUCUGAAUCAUUAGAUUGUAAUAGCUCAUUGGUUGAAUGGUUGAAAGAAUACGAAAAGAAUUCAAACGAUACUAUUUUGACUGUUUGA